CUCUUGAUCAUCAAUCAAGUCGGAGGGCACUCGUUUCAAGAAGGAAAGGAAUAUCAGGACAACUGCAAAUCACUAUUUAGUAUCGGACACCUACUCACAAUCACACUCGAAUCGCAUCCACCAACAUCUGCUUUCAUGUCAAGGUAAGGAAACAUCCAUUCCCCUCAAUAGUGCUUUUUGCACAGGCGGCAAAAUGUUCGACAAAAUUGGCGAAUCAUCCCAACAAGGCAGUCAACCACAACUGCCCAAAUCUCGAUUGCAACUUAGAAGAGAAGAAAGAAUUCGAAAUGAUCCUCAUUAUUUUAAUCCAUUCAAACGAUUAUACAUCGGUCCUUCUCCAGUAACGGCAAAGUCUGCUGCUUCAGUUGCUACAGCGAUAGCACUUGAUGUUCAAAUUGAAAAACCAACAAUGAUUGGAAUAAUCGGAAGUACAGGAACUAUUGCUGCUGCUGCUUUGGCAAGACAGUCUCUUGAUUCUAUCGCUAUUCAAUCACAAAGUGCGGCUGAUGAAGUACCUAGCAUUGAGGCAGGAUCGAUACAUGGCCAAUCCUCACUUGACGGUCCUAGUGGGAACAAUGAACGAAGAUCUUCACUUAAACGGCUGCCUUCCCAUCAGUCUUUACAGACCAACUCAUCUUCUCCAGUAAAGAGAUUUAGAGAACUUUCACCGAUUCGCAUACCUGGUCGAUCUGGCAAUCCUAGUCAAUCACGAGCUGCUUCCAGUCAGAGAAGAUUACACAGAGAUUCCUCAUUCGCAAGUGCAAGAAGUGUAGGUGCAAGUGUAGACGGAAGAGAUCGACGUGGCUCGUUGCAAUAUGAGGAAGAUGGUCAUGGAAUCUUGCGCAACCGUACAAGUCGCAGACAGAUGAGUCAAAGUUUGGUAGAACCGAGGAUAGGACACGAGCAUGACACAGUAAAAUUCAAUCUUCAAGAUUCAAAACAGAGACGACAGCAGUCCGAAGGGGGCACAUACUCUGGUCUUCCUCAUACCGAAGCGGGUCAUUCAAGAAAUAGAGUGUUACCCUUGCUGGAUACUUCUGUUCACGAGGAAGACUUUAGUCCAACUUCGAGUCCAACAAAACAAAGAGCAAUCUCACCCUCUCGACUUUCUCGAUCGGAAGAUGGUUUAUUACAGCCAAUGUCAUCACAUAGGAGUCUUGGUGCACGCUUCCGUAGCCCUGAUCGAAAGAUUACGCCUCUAUCGAUUAGAGCAAAAGCAUCCGAUAGGUCUAUCAGAACCGAUACUGGACCCAUUUCUCCCACUGCUGCAUCAGCCGCACCGCAAGAACGACCUUCAGAUCCGGCUUCUAUGGGACAAGAAAGUGUUGGAACGAAUGAGAUACCGGGUGAUAAUCCUACGAUCACAAAUGAUACCCAAUACAACGAAUUGAACAUUUCUUCACCUAUUGAUGAAUUACGUGAACGAGCACGGGAGCGAUAUCGUAAAGCAAAGCUUGCUAGACAGUCUCGUAUACCCUCUAGUUCACUUGGUCAAAGGAUGCCAGAAGCGGGCAAACGUCGUCAACAUAUUCGUGAUGCAUCACGACAAAGUCGAUUGAGCUAUUUGAGUACUGUAGGUACACUUACGAGUGUAGGUACCCGGUUCACAGAAGGAAGCUUUGGCGCUCAAGGUGGAUUUCGUGCGAAAUUGGUACGUUCGUUUAAAUUUCCUUCUAAGGCAAAGAACCCAUCAACGCCCAACCUUCGAACGGAAUCACGUAGACAUGUAAGACGUAGUGUGGCCAGUGGUGCAGGUGGUGUUGUCCCUGGUGCGAUUGGAACGAGUGCAGGCGGUACGAAAUGGGUUGGACAAACGUUUGAGAUUGGUAAACGAUUCCGACAAACGAUUGAAAAUCAGGAGGAGUUGCUGUUGGGAGGAGAGUCUGCUUUGGAUGAUGUACCGGAAGAAGAAUUAGAGAAUGCCACGAAUGCGAACAGAAAAGGUCAACAUGAUCGUCAGACGUCAGAAAGUUCAGCCAACAUGCGUAGUCCAGAUGACGUUUUAUUCUCUUUUGCAAAAGAGGCCAGCAAUACAGUCGAUGGAACAGAUGAUGCAAAUCGAAAGAGAAAAUCACGUAAGGGAGCUUCAACAGAUCAAGAGCUUAGCAAGAGUACAGAUGCGACUAAAGCAGACGCAAGCAAUACGCCCGCUCUUAUCCAAAGCAGCUCGGAUAGCGAACCUAGCGACGGAUUACCUGUUACACCUGAACGAGACGGUAACAACAGGAGAAGUGCAGGUGUAGACAGAGAAGACAAACAUGACAGCGAAACAAUGAUGAACGGAGAUGAUGGUAAUGACUUGGAACGUAUUCGAUCCAACACCUCUUUACAAACUGUACCACAGGACAGAGAAGUGCAAGCCAGCUGGGAUAUCGAGAGCCGAACCGGUUGGAGCGAUGUGGUGAGCUUUAUGAGCGCACAAAGCAGCUUGCCAGCCAGUAUUCAGAGGAGCGCACGUUCAGCAGGCGAUAAUCUGAAUGAAUUCGGAACGAAAGCUAAACGUGUAUUCGAUGGACCAUUGUCAGAUUUCCGUGCAAAACAAGUGGCAGCAAAGCAAGCAAGAGAGAAAGGUCGUGCACACGAGCUAAGUCGGACGAUGAUUCGUGAAGGCAGUCAAGGUAGUGAAGAAAUUAAUCGAUCUAAAACACCAACGAUGGAUAAAGAUUCAAAACGACAAGCAGUCAAGAUGUCGCAAAAAGAAAUCUUUGAUUCACCUCAACCACCUUUGGAGUGCGAAGAAAAGUUUCCCGAAGCGACUUUUGAGCUGACGAGAAGGACCAGCUUACCAGGUCUUGCACUAGAUGGCGAACAAAAUGAUGCAGCAAGUGAUCAUGAAGUUGCAGCACGACCCACCUUUACAGAAGAGCCUGAGGUGGAAGAAAGUCCGGAACAGGUAGGCAAUCGUCUCCAAUUACCUUUGCCUGACUUUCGAUCUGAUACACAAAAACGCUCACCAGUCGAAAUCCCCUCUCUGCCUGUAGAUGCAGAAACACCUGCUGAGCGCACACCGGAAGAGCGAAUGACAUCGAUCUUAAAUUUGAAACCUUCGUUCAAUAAUGGAGACAAGAAGGAACAAAAGAUGGUAAGCUUUCUAGGAGGCCCAGUGCCUUCUGCUCGCAAGCGGAGUGUUACAAUGAGCGAAGUUGUUUCUCCCUCCAAUGGUGAAUCAACAGCAACCAACCUGGCUGGACGUAUUCGACCAAUUGUACGAAUGGGUAACGCAGCACCUGCACCGCCGGAAGAAGUGCUUUUACGAGACAGUACGCCGGAUGAACGUACAAAAGAUGGCAAGACGUUAAAUGAAGCUGAUUUGAUCACAAGUCGAUCAAUUUUGAAACGUGAUCGAAUUCUGGUAAAAUUGAUGUGGACAGCUUCAGAAGAUGUUCCAAAAGAAUUCACCGAACGAGAAAGUAGGAAGUAUGAGUUACAUGCUGAUCCAUUUCGGGAAUUCAUGGUCGUCUUUCGAAUGGGCAGAUUGGAAUUAUGGGACGAUCCGAGUUGGACUUCAAGAAUGAUCGGAAAGGCCGACAAUUUGAAGCUGAGGUAUGUUGCACCAUUGCGAAAAGGACAUGCAUUCGUUUCAUUAUACUCGGCUGUGGACACGAUCUUUUGCUUGAGCUUCGUUCCUGCUCAUCAUAGAGGACUGUUCAAUUUGCGCAGAUCUGGUACGCACGUCUGGUUGUUCGAUGGCAGAACGGCUUCUAACAGCGCUGAUUGGAUGUGGGAUCUAUGGCGUGAAUUGGGCGGACAAAUCCCUGAUGCUAUUGAUGUUCACAUUCCUGUGUUGGGAUUCCGCGUCAGGAUUCCUAUUCCGGAUGAAAUUCCCAAUUCACAACAAAAUUCUGCACCCAAAUCCAUGCGUGCUUCCACCAAACCCGGCGUCAAAACUCUCUUUCGGGGAAUUGAUGAAAUCGAUGAGGAAGAAGAUAGCGCAUUGUUGGAAGGAGAAGGAUACAAGCUUAUCAAUCGCAAAAAUGUUGUCAAGGUUGUUUCUCAGCUGGCUCACUUUGUUCCUCAAUGGGCUGAACUUUGUGCACGUUUGGAAGAACGUGGAUUGCAUUUCGGAUUGGCAUGGCGUACGCAUUCGACACUUUCUUGGGUACAACAUGUUCACACGAUGGACAUGCAAAGGCGUGAUUGGGCUGUACUAGUGGGAUCAAUCUUGUGCGACCAUAAAUCACCCAGCACGUUGGAAUUCAGAGCGGCAACUCAUUAUCCUCAAUCGGUACGAACGGUAACAGGAGACACUUUGGAAGAACCGCCGGCGAUUGAAGGAUUUUUAUGGCGUGUGAAAGCAGUUUCUGGAGCUUUGACAAGGUUGUAUAUCACCACGCAAGACGGUCUGAUCUUUGUCAAUCGACCUUCAAGAGCAUUUCCACCUGAACGAUACAUUGCCAUCGAACCAACUCAAGCUCAACAACCCAUUAAACGGUCCAAUUCAUCUGCCGCUGAAUUAAGUGUCGAAUAUAGACGUAGAACGAGAAGAGGCAGUAAAGGCGCACAAAGGGCUGAUGAUACUUUGGCAACGUUGGGUGAAAAAGUGAUCGAAAUGAUUACCACCGAAGCUCAAACGGUAGAAGAACUUGAUGCUCAAACGGAAGCUUAUCGUGCGUUUGAAAAGCGAAGAUUGUUUGAGCAAAUUGCCAAUUCGGACGGAUACGUAGACGUUCGUGAUAUUUAUUCGAUUUAUUGUUUGGAUGGCAAAGGUGGUGUUCGCAGACCAAGUGCUGAUGGAAAGAACGACAAGAAAGGAACACCGAAAGAGGAACCCGCGGCGGAUGAAUUUGAGGACAUCUUCCAUGAUAUCGGAGGCGAAGAAGGAUAUGAACAAUCGCCAGAUCGAAACGCACUAAAGCAAAGCAGACAAUUCGAACUCACGAUGAUGAAUGGCAGAACUGUUCGAUUCGAGGCGUACAGUCAAUCAGUGUGUCACGAAUGGGUGAAUCAGAUUUAUACUUUAUCACGUUACUGGAAAAGAAGGGAGAAAGUGGAUGCAUUGGAAGUGAUGAAUGCAUGUGGACAUGAUCCAGCCUUGAUUCAUCGAACGCACAGAAAGAAUGUCGAAACAAGACCAUUGGAAGCUGAAGCAGGAAGUGAAAGAGUGGCACCUAUCCUAGGCAAUAUUUGGAAUUGGUGUAUCCUUGAUGCUUGCAGAACGAUUUUACGGUCAGGUAGGCUUUUCACAAAGAAGAAACCGUAUGCCGCAUUCGCAAGUCGCUACUGCGUUUUGGUAUCUGGUCGCAUAUUAACUUUCAAAUUGAUGACGUCCAACAGAACAGCAAGAGCACGUCAAAAUGCCGGCCUCUUCCAUAAACGUCAAGAUACGGUAAUCCAUUUAAGGGAUAGUUAUGUGUACAGCGGAAAGUUGACAGAUCAUAUGUUAGUCAAUGGAAGAUCAGACGGAGCAGGAGCUUUGAGUAAUUUCGGAGGUGGAACAGGAGGUGCGACAACUUCCUCUACUCGUCAUACUCUGCCACGAAUUUAUGCUGAUGGCCUUUUGAGUACGGAUGAGGAUGAAGAAUGUACUUUUGUCGUUCGUUAUAGGCCUCAACGUGUAAAUCGAUCUCUCAAUCCUCAUCUUCACAACGAACAAGAUGCGUUCGCACAAGGGGACGGAGACGAUGAUCAAACAAAUGGAAACGAGAACGGAAUCACACAAAAAGCCAAUGCUUCCAUUACAACUUUGCGCGAUUCUACUGUGAAUGUGAUCGCAAUGCGCGCUAGAAGUCGAUUGGAAAGAGAUCUUUGGGUCUGGGCCAUCAAUGCAGAACGUGAAAGGGUCGUUCGCGAUGACGUUGCACGAGAGAAUCAGAUCCGACAACAUGGUCAAACGCCAUACAAGUACAGUCAUCAUCAUAAUUGAUUUGCACCAAUUUAUUAAAACGGACAUUUAUUUUAUACAAUAUACCCAGUAAUAU